AUGUCGUGUCUAUGUUACGGCGAUGAGGAUAUCGUCGCUGUCGGAUGGGGGAACUUCAUCGUCGUCGCCGUCGCUAGCCACCGACCGACUGUUCUCGCGGUCGACCUCCUUAACCCUACGCCUCAGGCUGAGGCCCGUAAGCACAAGCUCAAGACCCUUGUGCCUCAGCCUCGCUCUUUCUUCAUGGACGUCAAGUGCCCCGGCUGCUUCACCAUCACCACCGUCUUCUCGCACGCCCAGACCGUUGUCAUCUGUGCCGGUUGCUCGACCGUUCUCUGCCAGCCCACCGGUGGUAAGGCCCGUCUGACUGAGGGCUGCUCUUUCCGGAGAAAGUAA